AUGUUGACGCGCCAUCUCGUGCGCGGCGCCUGCUCUGGCCCGCCGCGCACCUUCCCACACCUGCCGCCCUGCCGCAUCUCGUCCUUCCCCCGCUCUGCCUCGCCUUUUGCCCGCGUCUUCGUGACCAGCAGCCCCCGCCACCAGAAUGACCCCAAAGCAGCUCCCAUCAAUGCCUCUGCCGCCACCAAGCCGGGCACUGCGAAGCCUACCAAUGCGAAAACGGCUGCCGACAAGAAUGACCCGCUGCUAGCCGAGAAGACGGUCACCAACAAGGAGCAGCGCAAGGCUGACUGGGCCAUUAUGAAGGAGAUGACGCGGUACCUGUGGCCAAAGGACAAUCUCGGCACGCGGAUGCGCGUGGGCCUGUCGGUGGGCUUGCUGGUCGGCGCAAAGGUUGUCUUGAAUGUGCAAGUUCCUUUCUAUUUCAAGAGCAUAGUGGACUCGAUGAACAUUGACUUCCUUGCUGUCGGCGGCACCGCCUGGACCGUGGCCGGCUCCAUGAUUGUAGCCUACGGCGUCACCCGAAUGGGCGCGACGGUAUUCCAGGAGCUCCGCAACGCCGUCUUCGCCAGCGUCGCGCAAAAGGCCAUUCGCGGCGUCGCCUGCAGCGUCUACGAACACUUGCUCAAGCUCGACCUCAACUUCCAUCUCUCCCGACAGACUGGCGGCCUGACGCGCGCCAUUGACCGCGGUACCAAGGGCAUCAGCUUCCUGCUGACCUCGAUGGUCUUCCACGUCCUGCCGACCGCCCUCGAGAUCUCGCUUGUUUGCGGUAUCCUCACGUGGAAUUACGGCGCCCAGUUCGCCGUCAUCACCGCUGCAACCAUGGUCGCAUACAGUGCCUUUACCAUCCUCACGACGUCGUGGCGCACCAAGUUCCGCAAGCAGGCCAACGCCGCCGACAACAAGGCCGCCACUGUGGCCGUGGACUCGCUCAUCAACUACGAGGCCGUCAAGUACUUCAACAACGAAAAGUACGAAGUCGCGCGGUACGACAAGUCGCUGCAAGCGUACGAGAAAGCGUCGAUCAAGGUGGCGACGUCGCUGGCCUUCCUCAACAGCGGGCAGAACGUGAUCUUUUCGUCGGCGCUGACAGCCAUGAUGUACCUAGCGGCGAACGGGGUCGCGAACGGGCAGCUGACGGUCGGCGACCUGGUCAUGGUGAACCAGCUAGUGUUCCAGCUCAGCGUGCCGCUCAACUUCCUGGGCUCCGUGUACCGGGAGCUGCGGCAAUCGCUGCUGGACAUGGAGACGCUGUUCAGCCUGCAAAAAGUGAACGUGGCAGUCAAAGACAAGGCGGACGCGAAGCCGCUGGUGCUCACGGGCGGCCAAAUCCACUUCGACAACGUCACGUUCGGGUACCGCCCGGACCGGCCCAUCCUCAAGAACCUGACCAUGACCAUUCCAGCGGGCAAGAAGGUGUCGAUCGUCGGCCCCAGCGGCUGCGGCAAGAGCACCAUCCUGCGCCUGCUGUUCCGCUCCUACGACAUCCAGAGCGGCCGCAUCACCAUCGACGGCCAGGACAUCCGCGACGUCUCGCUCGAGUCGCUGCGUCGCGCUAUUGGCGUCGUGCCGCAGGACACGCCGCUGUUCAACGCGUCGAUUGCGCAUAAUAUCCGCUAUGGCGACUUGGAGGCGUCGGAUGAGCGGAUGAAAGCCGCCGCGAAGAGGGCGAGGAUCCAUGAUAUUGUCAGCGCGUGGCCCGAUGGGUAUGACACGAUGGUCGGCGAGCGGGGGAUGAUGAUUUCUGGCGGCGAGAAACAACGCCUCGCCGUAUCGCGACUCAUUCUAAAAGACCCACCCCUGCUCUUCUUCGACGAAGCCACCUCCGCCCUCGACACGCACACGGAGCAAGCGCUGCUCGGGAACAUCAACAGCGUCCUGCGCGAGAAGGCGCGCACGUCCGUCUUCGUUGCGCAUCGCCUGCGGACUAUUUAUGAUAGCGACGUUAUUAUCGUUCUCAGGGACGGGCGGGUCGCCGAGAUGGGCACGCAUGAGCGGCUGAUUGAUUGUGGGGGCGUGUAUAGUGAGCUGUGGAGUGCGCAGGAGACGCUGUUUCAGGGUGAGGAGGGGGAGGGGGAGAAGAAGGGGCUGGAGAGGAGAUAG